AUGAUGUCAGCCGUGUUUUCUUCGGAUGUGUCUCACCCGCUUCCAGAUCCUGAAUCGACUAGUGUGAAAAGGCUCCUAGAUGAAAACGAAUAUAUCAUUCAGUUAAUUUCUGAGCUUUCAAGAAAAGGUAAUUUUGUCGAAGCAGCUCAAAUGCAACUGAUUCUGCAACGGAAUCUGACCUAUUUGGUAUCGCUAGUGGAUCGACAAAGUUUGGAAGAAAUCAGCUCGAGUUUGGAAUCAACUGGCCCACGACAGUAA